AUGGGCGUAUACGCGGGGGUGAGAGCUAGUGGUCGCCGAUCUGGGCUGCUCGUGGGUCGCACGAGGGGAGCCGAUGGGUUGGGCAGCGCUAUCGGGUGGGUCUAUAUAGGGGUGAGAUCCGCGGUCUCUCUCCUCGGGGAUGAUCGGCUGCGGAGCGACGGGGGUCGUCGGUCUGGGCUCGACGUCAUGCUGGAUCAAUACCAUCACAGCCGCGAUCGAUCGGUGGGAGAUGAUUACGGAGGCUGCCGUCCGUGGGUCGUGUGUACACAGAACCUGGAGCGCCGUCGAUACCGCGGCGUGUUACAGAAGACACGCAUCAAACGUUAG